AUGACAGCGGGAACUGUUGUUAUCACCGGGGGAAUCCUAGCAACUGUGAUCCUACUGUGCAUCAUUGCUGUCCUCUGUUACUGUAGGCUACAGUACUAUUGCUGCAAGAAAGAUGACUCUGGUGAGGAAGAGGAGGAGGAAGAGGAAGAACUCGACCUUCCCACCCACUUGCACUUGGGCACCUGCAAUGCCUGCAGCAGCUCCCACGUGGUGGACGGGCAAGGCAGCCCUGUGUCCCCCUGCAGUGAGCUCAACCAGCACGGGGCCCCCAAUUACUGCCCCACCUGCUCUCCCUAUGCCUCCCCCCCUCCUUUUUACAUCCGGACUGAUGACAUGGUGCACAACGGGGGGGAGAGGGUGGCCUAUGCCCCAGCCUGCUACAAGGAGAUGGGGCCACCCAUCACCAUGGCUGCUCUGCAGAGCUACUCGCUGAGCCGCCGGGGCCUCCUCCGCGAGAGCUUCCCCAACCCACGGGCAGUCAGCACCGAGGUGUAG